AUGCCCAAUGGAAAACUCGAGGAAUUCGACGAAGACGCAACCUUCCCACUACAAGAUCUCUCCAACAAAUCUGCACGCUCAGAUGAGGACAGAAAGUAUACCUACUGUAUGGCAGACAUUGACACCCUCUGUGAAGAACUGGGUAUUCCAUGGGAAGCAGAGAAGGACAUCCCGUUCCAGUCAGCAGUACCGUUCAUUGGGUUCCUCUGGGAUCUGGAGCAGGGUGAAGUUUCCAUCACGAGUGGAAAGCAAGAGAAGUAUCUCACUGCCAUCACAGCCUGGGAGGAGAGCACAAAGCACACCUUGGAAGAGGUGCAAAAGCUCUAUGGCAAACUCCUCCAUGCUUGCCUGGUCAUCCCAGCAGGACGUGCUUACCUCACCCAGCUGGAGGCCUGCAUGGGCAUCUUCCACGAUCGUCCUGGCGAUGCCUCCUCAGGAUGGAAGGCAAACAACCGAGACAUCGGCUGGGCAGAGGCAGUCGGUUUCUUCUUCCUGGUCAUCACUCUCCGCAAUGCAUGCCAUCACCCGGGCAUCCACUAUGCGGUCUAUGGAGACAAUCGAGGAGUCGUGGAAGGAUGGUGGAAAGGUCGCAGCAGGAACUGGCCAACAAACAGUAUCUUCCGUAUGGUACACACAUUCUCGCAAGAAAAUAGCCUCACUGCCCACACUAGAUAUGUUCCCAGUAAGGAGAACCCAGCUGAUGGCCCUUCUCGUGGAGAAUAUGGCACGACGCAAGACCUCCUCCCUGCCAUCAACAUCCCCAAUCACCUCCAGCACUAUGUCGUCGAUUUCGACACACCUCAUACGCCAACGGAACUCCGCCUUGCACGAGAAGGCAAAGCAGCCCUCGCCGCCCCCAGGAUCAGCCCAGCCACACGACUCCUCCAACGCCAAAGCACCUCAGAGGGCCAGAUCCUCCAUGAAGAAGAAAUCCUCACUUCCAAGCCAGCAACCAAGCAGCACCGCUUCUCUCCAGAGCACCGAAGCACAAAUGGAGGGCCAGUGCGUGACCACACACGGGCUCGAGCUUCACGAAAACCUGCGCCGUACCCUCCUGACCUCACACCAGUACCAUCCACACUCCGCCCACACGUCUUUGCUCGAGAACGGCUUACACGUUGGAGACCAACCACGGUCCGUACUGCCACUGACAACCAGGGCCGGCCCACCCAUCUCUCCGCUGAAGACCUGGCCCGCAUUCUCGAGGUAAUGGCCGGGGCGUGGGCGGAUGGGACUCUGGAAGUCUAUGGGACAGGCCUCCUCACCUGGCACGCCUUCUGCGACAAGAACGGAGUUAGUGAGGAUCAGAGGGCCCCAGCCUCACCCCUCCUCAUCGCCUCUCUCAUAGCCACCCUCUCAGGUGCUUUCUCUGGUGGCACCAUCGCCAACUACGUCUAUGGCAUCCGGGCAUGGCACAUCCUGCAUGGGGUCCCAUGGAAGAUGGUCGACCCUGAACUGGAGGCACUGCUCAAGGCCGCAGAAAAAGCAACCCCACCCAUGUCAAAGAGGAAGAAACGCCAGCCAUACACAAAAGAUUUCAUGGUUGCUAUUCGCGGUCAGCUAGACCUCUCAACGCCCCUCCAUGCUGCCGUUUAUGCCUGCUUGACAACCACAUUCUGGUCAGCUGCCCGAGUUGGUGAGUUCACGGUCAAAAACCUGACAAGCUUCGACGCAAACAAACAUGUCAAACCCUCAAACGUUACAACCACGACAGACCAGAACGGCUUCGAAACAACCGAGUUCUUCAUCCCCUCCACAAAGUCUGAACCCACCAACGGAGAGACAGUCUCAUGGUCGAGACAGAACGGAGACACAGACCCAGAGACUGCAUUCCACAAUCACAUAGAUGUCAACUCACCGCCAAAUGGUGGCCACCUCUUUGCGUACAAAGUAGGCUCAGGAUACAAGCCACUGACAAAGCACAAGUUCAUUCAAAUUCUCACCACCGCAGCACGAGCAGCUGGCCUAGAGCCACUUCAAGGCCAUGGGAUCAGGAUUGGGUCAACACUCGAGUACCUCCUGAGGGGGAUUCCAUUCGAUGUGAUGAAAGCAAAGUGA